CUACAUUCUGCUUGAUCUUAUUGCUUGACAUACUCACAUGUUGCUGUCUCUUCUACUCGCCCUCGUCUUCCAAUCCUUGGUUUUAAGUCUCUCAUCUAGCGAGUAUCCUUGAUCACAAUUCUCAAAAUGAGCGACCGGGUUCGCCCACAGUAUACCAUGUUCCAGUCACAGUAAGUACACGGAUCAACUGACUCUGGUUUUUGAAAGACUGAUGUCAGAGAAAGGGACCUGACAUACGACGACAUCGCCAAACUCAAUCCCUUUUACGAACCAUUCAUGAAGUUCUGGACGGGCUCUCCAACUAGUGAUACGGCCGUUCCAUUCGAUGCUCAGUCAUCCGCCUCGUCGGAGUACAUUCCUGUUGGAAUCGAAUCAGAUCUGUCACCUCCGUCGCCCGUAUUGCACCAGUCCGAGUUUGAUGACACAGUCUGCGUGCUGGAGGCGCCAAGUUUGGCACUCCACAGUGGCCAUGGACAUCAAAUCGGCUACCAUCCAUACUCUGAGCCCGAAGUCAGCCAGACGGUCCUGAUGAGGCUCAGUCCUAGCCCUCAGCUGUCUCCGACUGCCGCAGACUUGACUGGUGUUUCGCUGGUAGGUAACCCCUUGAGCGGAAGCAAGCCGUCACACAAGAAACUUUUCGGCGAGAACGGCUGGCUGGGGAGCAACGCAGAUCUCAGAGAGCUGGCGGGUGACAACCACAAGUCUUUCGGCUUGCGCAGAUUGGGGAAGAAAUUCAAGAUGCAUGUUGAAGACCUGGUGGAAGACCUGGUAAGUGGACCACCGCGUUCCGAAAGACCAUGUCCUGACAUCUCUUGUGAAAAGACCGGUGAUCUUUUCAAGGUCAACCUUAGCAUCCAUUCCUCCGGGCCUAUCCCUGAAAGGUAUGGAACUGCAAGGACUGUGCCGGUUUCUCUGGAUGCUCCAACCCAGGCAAGGCUGUACUCGCAACUGGAGGUCAUGAUCUGUGUCGUUGCCAACCGGUUCCUCGUCGAACAACACAAUCGAGGUCUGCUUUCCGGGGACUCCAUUUCGAAGGUCACCAACUACUGGGCUGCGAAGAAUCGCCCACGAGUCGUGGAGUUUCAGUAUGACCAAGCCACUCAGCGCCAAUUGAUCUUGUCAAACCUGCGGACUGUCCAAUUCAACGGGUGUAGCGCGACCAACCCAGUCCAGCUGAGAACGAACCUGAACAACUGGAAAGCGAUCGCAAAAGAGAUGAGCGUUCGCACUUUCUGCGCCCCGGACAGCGCGAUUCGUAAGCAAAUGUAUGACAUCCACAAGCUUCUUGAGAUGCUCGGAGCACCCCUGGAUACGAUGCGUGAGUUUGAGGAGUUGCAGAUGCAGGCUUUGUUGUUGAUGAAGCGCGGCUGAUUCGCUGGAAUAUACUUACUGUGGUGAGGGAAAACGGGGCUACACUGGCUGGAUGACGGGAGUUGAUUCGCCCUUACUGGCUCGAUUUCUGUCUUUUGCAUUUCAUUUCCUGCGGAGUUCUAUUGUCUUCAUGUCUCCUUGCGAAAAACGGAGUUGUUAAGCGUAUCGAAUGAAAGUCUAGAAAAUCAAUCAAGUUCUCCGCCUUGUCAUCCGUCACGCGCGGAAUUCUUGGCCGAAUGAAUGAAUGAGUUGCCAUCAUGUGCGGAUCAGGGUCAUUGCAUCAUCGGGGAUCCUAGCUCAGACGAAUAACGGCUUCAAAUGACCGACGUGGCUCCCUGCGUGACUACUGUCAUACUCGAGAUGAUGAGGUGGCAGUUGCGGUCGGCGAUGGUGGUGGUUUGGUUGUGGUUGUUAUGGUCGUUAUGGUUGUUGUUUGCAUGGAUGGAUGGUUUCUUUCACGUGGGGUCGACGUCAUCCUC